AUGACAGAUUACUACGAACCAACCUUGUUGUUCAGACAAAAUGCCAUAAGAAGAUUCAAUCCCAGCUUAUCACCCAUCUCUAGUGUACUAAGUUUAGUUGAGGAUUCAAGCACAUCUCAAUCCUCGUUAAGCUCGCCAUACCUUGACAAAACAACAACCGACACCACAUCGUCAUCUUGGUUGCUCAAUUUACAUAAUGAUAAAGAUACCCAAGUAUUGAGUAAAAGCUGUUCUUUGAAUCGAACAAAUAUCAAGUCGAAUUAUUGGAAAAUUCCCGAUAACAAUAUGAAUUUGACAUCAAUGUGUGUUAAACAUCAAUCGAUGCAAAAUCCUUUAUUGGCAAUUUCACUGAAUAAUUAUGAUAGCAAUUUAUUCAUCUAUGAAAUCAAUCUAGAUUCAAAUCAUUUAAUUCAUCAUUCAACUAUUAGUUUGUCAAAUAUUCAUAAUAUGAAGUGGAUUAACAACACGAACACCACCAACGAUAAGAAUUACCUUGUUACUGGGAAUAACAAGGGGUAUGCCCAUUUAGUAGCCAUGCCUGAGAUUGGACAAGUUUCUGGUGAUGAUCAAGAUUUGUACUCAGCUGAGAUUUGCAAGCGAUUUAAUCAUAGAAAACACAUCAAGGAUAAAAAUAAAGCAGCCGCCAUGUUACCAAUCAAGAAGCUAGACCUAUUCAACAGCGACAAGGAGAUGAUUUCAAUAUAUGAUGACUAUCUAUUUCAUUGGGAUAUCAUGAAUUCAGAAUCGCAGCAAAGACCACAACCGAUAUCAAUUACGACUGUUGCUGGAAUAAAGAAUUUUGACGUAUUACCACACAACAAUACCACGUUGAGUAUAUGUGGGAAAUUUGGUAUCUCAUUGUUUGACACAAGAGAUUCUAAGUUUAGCAUUCCCAUGUCAUCGUCGUUGACAAGGAAUUAUCGUCAAUUGUCGGGUAAUAUUGUCAAAUGGAAUCCAGAUAACGACAAUAUAUUAGCUGUAGGACACGGCGAUGGUGUUGUUCGAUUAUGGGAUAUACGAAAGCAAGACUAUUUCACCAGUUUGCAUGGACAUUCACAUCGUUCGAACUUGAAUCAAGUAACUAGUAUUGAAUGGGACCGCAAUGAUUUAUUUACAGGAGGUCAAGAUGGUAAUAUAAUACACUGGGACCUCACUUCAGAUGUUAGCAUAGAUGAAAUUGGCCAUAUGAAUUGCGGAUUAAGAGAAGGGUUGGAUAGUUUUACAUUUAACGAAAAAGCAAAUUCAUUAGAAGUUGACGUGAAUCAGAGACAAUGUGGAACUGUUUUACCGGCAUCCAAUACCAAUGUCGUUGGCAUGUGCUCUGUUGCUAAUGACAGUAAUGAAAUCAAGAUUAUGUCGAUUGAUGGGUCUUCAUUCCUUGGUGUACAUUCUCAAGUGAAAGAGGCAAUCAAGUUGAAUAUCAAUCCCGAUAAGUUGUACUAUACUGAGGAAGAUAUAGAGGAGUUGUUGCAAUAUGAGAGAUCAAUCAACAAUAGCAAAGAAGAUUUGGCAAGAUCCGGCUCGCAAGAAAGCUUAAUUGAGUCGGAACUGCCCUUGAUGAUACGGAGAAAGCCAACUUUUAUCAGCAUCAAGAGCUUUGAUUUGACACCUACAGAACAAGAGCAAGAGCAAGAGCAGAUGCUGGGCUCCGAAACUGAAAUUGAACCAGAUAAUUUGGAAGUCACGUUACUUCCAUCCCCUAAAUUCAACCAAUUUGCCAUUGAAGAUGCUAUAUCAGUAGAUGAUUUUGAUUUUACAUUGAAUAACACGUCUGAGUCGGAAGUAUCAAGUCCAGAUUCACCGCAACAUUCAUCAGUUAAUGAUUCAAUGGACUCUUUGUCUACAAUAGCAACAGAUGUGGAUGCUAUGAUCGCGCAUGAAAAGGGAAAUGAGAAACAGGGGGUGGUGGCCAAGCUCGCAGUGAUGAAUAAUACAAAGGAACACUCUUUAUACAAGACCUAUUCAGGACAUGACUUGAAAAACUACAAGUAUAGUGAUAUUUUCCGAUCACUCGAUAAUUUGAAUUUGUCGUACUAG